UUUUACAGUGCAUGUGACUGCAUGGUGCCUGCAGCUUGGAUAAGCUUGCUUGGACUGUGCUGCUGAAGGCCUGAUUUUCUCCAAUUAGGACUGUUUCUGGAGCCAUGUUCGAGCAAAAGUCGCCCCCGCAUUCAUUCACGAAUGGAGUGGAGGAAGAUGAUCCCGUUGUUCAAAGGAUUCCAGUCCAUCUUUCCAAGGGAUCUGCAGGUCAGCUAUUCCUGUUCGAGUCCAGCCCUAACGUUUUGAUAAACAAUCUGGACGGUGACAGAAUCGUGAAGUCCCGGAUAAAGCCAAAGCAGCAAAAGGUCGAGCUGCACCUGAAACUGGACGUUGAAAGCAGCAAUUUCAACAGAGAUUUGGCUCGAAAACUCGCCAGUGGAGCUCCAAAGACCAGUGUUGAUGCCUCAAAAAACCUCGUUGAGACGCAAAUAUUGACGUCUUCACUGGCGGUGCCGCAAAAUCCUGAGAGAUUCGCAAUCGCAGUCGCACAAAGCGACGGCAUACACCUGAAUCCACUCUCAGGAAUCGUCUACUUGAAACCUUCCUUCGGAUACCUGGACACCACCACGAAAAAAAGGGAGCAGAAAGAAGGCGGCCCGCCCACUGUGGAGGCAGCAAAACCAGUGACGGUCAAGUUUUCUCGGCAGAGCGCCAAGCAGCUCAAGUCGAACCAGGUUAAAGCCGACCAGCAGAAAAUGCAGGAGGAAGAGCCGUGGUGCGAUACCGAGUUCUUCGAUUCCACCCACAUUAAUUCAAUUAGAGAAAGAGAAAAGCUGAACUGCGACCAGACAGACCAAGAUGUGAGCAACUUCUUUUGCGAGACUGCCGAGUCGUAUUUGCCCGUGUUGUGUCCGUCGCAGCCGAACGAAAUCUCGGACGAAGUGAAAGCGGACAGUAUUUUGUCCGCGAACGAACUGAGCAAACUCCCCUUGAACGAACAGAUUAAGGAGAGAAUGAAGCAAAUGCAUCUGACAAAAUUCUCAAGACUGAAACGCCUGCUGGGCGGCUCGUACUCAGAGCAGGAAAUCAUCUCUGGAUUAUGCAGAGUUGCAGAUUUAAUCAAAGGAAAUUGGGUUUUGAAAAGCUCUCUGCUCUUCGAUAAAGAGUUCACAAGCAUCAGAGGAGUCUGUGGGGAUAGACUUGCAGCGGCCAGAGACAAAAUCCUGCUGACUUUCAAAACAAAUGACGCCGUGAUUUGCAAGAAAUUAGCCAAAAUGACGAAGAUCCCGGCCGAUGACGUCAUUGAGAUAUUGAAGAAAAUCGCCGACAAAAUCUACAAAGUUGGGUGGAAGUUCAAGUUGGAGGAAGACACCCAGUUUUUGAAUAGCUAUCCAGAAAUAGCUGACAAGCAGAAAAUGCAUUUCGACACGAGGAUUCGGCACCAGGAAAAAAAGGAAGAGGAAGAGGCGGCCGAGGCCAAAGUGGCCGCGAAGAAAGCCAAACUUCAAACUGGACGGCAAAGAAAAAACAGUACGCGCUCGAGAAAAGACUCGCAGUGCUCCGACAUCGGCUCCUAGCACUCCGUGCCUAAACAAAUUUAAAAAAAGCGCAAAAAUUAGGAUGCCUUACAUAAUUUCUGCUAAAAUCUUAUGCGAAUCGGUGACAACUGUUAUAAAUCUCUAUACCAGACAGAAUUCCAUCUGUGGCAAAUUAAAACUAGUUGAAUAACAAUCGUUUUAAGUAACA